AUGGAGUUGCGGGUUCACAAACUUCUGGUCCUCCUACUGGCCCUAAGCUGUACUCCGUCAACUAACUGUCUAGAUGCCGAUGACUUGCUCGAUUAUGUUAAGAAUCAAAACGCACGCAAUUCAGAAUAUAACUCUGAUGGUGAUAGAAAUAGCAACGGACGAAAUCUUAACUUAACACCGGCCAGGAAACGGCUCAACUUGACCCCAACUGGCAGCCAAGGUCGUCCGAACUUGACUCCGAGUGGUGAAAAGAAGCGUCCAAAUUUAACACCCAGCCAAGGAUCUUCGAAUGCCCCAUGCAUUACAAAAAAAGGUUUUCCCGGGGAAUGUGUUUCUUAUUAUCUCUGUAGUGAGGGUGGAACUAUCGUCGAGGAUGGGACAGACCUUCUUGAUGUCAGAGCCGACACUUGCACGCAUUAUCUUUACGUAUGCUGUCACAUAGACCAAGUGCAAAGUGAUGAAGAUAAGGAAGACGAUAUAUCUGAUGAUAUUUUGCACUUCGACGCUCCAAACACAACGCCCCACGCACCAGCAUCACCGACUGAGUCCCCACAGCAGUCUGAGUACAGCCCCAUGUCCCCAGGAGAAACUGUACCCACAGACAAAUCGUUCUCAUCGACUUUGGGGCACACUCGCCCCCCCCCAGGAUUUAGGAUCCACUACACGUCAGACCUCAUCUAA